AUGUAUUUACUACUCAUCACCGCCCUUUUGGGCUCAGCUUACUCGUUCCCAACGAGCACUUUGAACAACGUCACAAGGAAUACGGAUCUGGCCUCCCAGUAUGUCCUACCCGGAGAAUCAUUCCCCACGUUCUACGAUGUCAGUUUAUUCAUUGAUCCUGCCAAUACCGUCAGUUUCAACGGGAAGGUCAGCAUCAGAAUUAUCCCCAGGAUUGCCACAAACGUUAUCGUUGUCCAAGCCAUGGAGAUGACCAUUAGAAGCAUUAGUGUUUUUACUGACAGGAACAGCAACGAAAACUUAUUUGCUAGUUUCACUCUAGCAACUGAUGAUACGCAUUUUUUGAGAAUCAGUACCAGAACACAGCUCCUUCCAGACCAGCCGUAUAUUGUAAACAUUGAUUAUGAAUCUAAAUACGCGCCCAACAUGUUCGGAGUAUAUGUAUCUACAUACCAACAAAAUGGACGAACUGUAAAUCUGGUCACUUCUCAACUUCAACCAACGUUUGCCCGCCGUGCAUUCCCUUGCUACGAUGAGCCGGCUAUCAAAGCUAUUUUCAGAACUACCAUAUACGCACCAGCAGCCUACACGGUUGUUAGGCACAAUACUCCGGAAAGAACUGUCCCAUUGAAGGAGGACGUGGCGGGUUACGUGAAGCACGAGUUUGAAGACACCCUCGUAAUGUCGACGUACCUGCUCGCCUAUCUCGUGUCGAACUUCGAGCACGUCAGCAACGAGCAAAACCCCAUCUACAGAGUCCCCUUCAGGGUAUAUUCUAGGCCAGGAACCCAGACCAACGCAGCCUUCGCAAUGGACUUCGGACAAAAGAACAUGGUCGCUUUGGAAGCGUACAACGAAUUCCCUUAUGCUUUCCCUAAAUUAGAUAAAGCAGCCGUUCCCGAUUUUGCUGCGGGUGCCAUGGAGAACUGGGGUCUUGUCAUUUACAGGGAAGUGGCAUUGCUGGUGACGGAAGGUGUAACGACCACAGCGACCAGGCAGAACAUUGCCAGGAUUAUCUGCCACGAGAAUGUGCACAUGUGGUACGGCAAUGAAGUGGGUCCGCUGUCCUGGACUUACACUUGGCUCAACGAAGGUUUCGCAACGUUCUUCGAGAGUUUCGCCACUGAUUUGGUACUUCCGGAAUGGCGUAUGAUGGAGCAGUUUGUGGUGACCAUGCAGAAUGUGUUCCAAUCGGAUGCUGUUCUCACUAUCAACCCCAUGACGCACGCGGUCUACACUCCUUCUCAGAUCAUGGGACAAUUUAACGCCAUUGCCUAUCAAAAAUCCGGCUCGGUGAUCAGAAUGUUGCAUCAUUUCCUGACACCGGAAAUAUUCAGACGAGGUCUCGUUAUUUACAUCAUUAACAACUCCCGUCGUGCUGCCGGGCCGUCAGACUUAUAUGCUGCUCUCCAACAAGCCCUGGAUGCGUCCGACCACAGCAUCCCGUACUCGAUCUCCAAUGUGAUGAGCAGAUGGGUCAACCAGGGAGGGUUCCCAGUGUUGAACGUGAGAAAGAGCGCCCCGAACGCUAAUUCGGUCUUUAUUUCUCAGGAGCGAUAUCUCACAGACCGCUCUCUGACGUCAACGGACCGUUGGCAUGUGCCAGUCAACUGGGUACUGUCUUCCAACAUUGAUUUCUCUGACACAAAACCCCAAGGUUGGAUCCCACCGUCGUUCCCUGCCACCUCGAUCGACAUUCCUGGAUUGGCAAACGCCGAAUGGUUCAUUUUUAACAAGCAACAGACUGGCUACUACCGCGUGAACUACGAUCCGGAGAAUUGGGCGGCCCUCGCAAGAGUCUUACAGACCAACCAUGCCGUUAUCCAUCUCCUCAAUCGCGCUCAGAUUCUUGACGAUUCCUUCAACAUGGCCAGAAAUGGGCGCCUGAAUUACAACCUUCCCUUCGAGAUUUCUCGAUACCUGAUCAACGAGAAAGAUUACAUUCCCUGGGCUGCCAUUAACCCUGCCUUCAAUUACUUAGAUAUCGUUUUAACCGGAUCUUCAGUAUACAAUUUGUUUAGGGAGUAUCUUCUGACACUGACUGCACCUCUAUAUGACGAAAUUGGUUGGGAGGCGACUGCCAACGAGGAGCAUGUUAUGGCUUACCACAGAAAUAUCAUAUUGGACAUCAAUUGUCGACUCGGAAACCAGAGAUGCAUCACCAGAGCCCAGGAACUGUUGGAGCAGUUCCGAAAUAAUCCAACUCAAAGACUGAACCCGGAUUUACAAAACACAGUGUACUGUUCCGGUCUACGUGGCGGUGAUAGAGAUAAUUUCAAUUUCCUUUGGGAGCAAUACUUGGCUACCUCUGAUUCAAGCGAGCAAAACAUCCUCCUCAAUGCUCUGGGAUGUACUUCGAACCCUGAACUGCGUACCUUCUACAUGAACCAAGUUAUCGAUGCCAACUCACCAGUGAGGGAACAAGACCGGCACACAAUUCUCGUCUCUGUCAUCAACUCUAGUCCAGAGAACAUGGACGCUGCCUUAGAAUUCGUCAUUGAAAACUUCCACAGGAUCCAACCGAGGGUGCAAGGCCUCACCGGGACCACUAACAUAUUAAAUGCCUUCGCAAGAAGACUGACCACAGAAACGCAUGCUGAAAGGAUAAACCAGCUGGUCAGUCGUCACCAGGCUAUCUUCUCAGCUGGAGAGCAAGCAUCCAUCUCAGCUAUCAGAGAGCACAUCGCAGCUUCGAUAGCUUGGGGUAAAGACAAUGCUGCUGUUGUAGAGGACUGGCUUGAAGACAACUACGGAGAACCCAAGCCGGAGGAACCAUCUGCAGCACAUUCUACGACGGCUGGUUUUAUUGUUUUGCUAUCUGCUGUUGUCGCUUUCUUUAACAUUCAUUAA